AUGCAAUCUGAGAGAACUUUACGACGGAAAAUUAAAAAAGAAUUGGAUUCUUUACAAAUGUUACAUUCAAAUAGUGACAGUAUUGAAGUUGAAAAAAUAGCUGAUACUUCUCAUGAUACGCCUUCAAUCAGCACAAGUGAUUUGUCUCAAACGACUCAAACAGUAACAAUUGGCUGCCA